UCCUGGCAGGUGUCAUCGUCACUUCCUGCUGAGUCUUUACAGAACAUCUUCCUCCGUGAGUUGAGCGACUCGUGUGUGAUGGAGAGUGAAGCCAGAGGAGGAUACCACCAGGCAGCCAAGCGGCUCCGGACCGGGGAGGAGGCCGGGGGAGAGGAGCCCGAGGCCGGGGGAGAGGAGCACGAGGCCGGGGAGGAGGCAGCAGAGAGCCGGGGGAGACGAGAGAAGGAAGGCAAGGAGGACAGUCACCGCAUCGCCCCGUCCCCCGUCGUCCACGUCCGGGGGCUCUGUGACGCCGUGGUGGAGGCCGAUCUGGUGGAGGCGCUCGGCAAGUUCGGCAACAUCUGCUACGUGAUGAUGAUGCCGUUCAAGCGCCAGGCUCUGGUGGAGUUCGACAGCGUGCAGAGCGCCGGGCGCUGCGUGGCGCGCGGCACCCGCGAGGCCGUGUGCAUCGCCGAGCGCCAGGCCUUCUUCAACUUCUCCACCAGCCAGAGGAUCAGCAGACCCACCAGCGCUGAGGACCCCGCCAGCGGGAACAAGGUCCUGCUGCUGUCCAUCCAGAACCCGCUCUACCCCAUCACCACCGAUGUUCUGUACAACGUCUGUAACCCUGUCGUCAACGUCGUGCGCAUCGUCAUCUUCAAACGCAACGGCAUCCAGGCCAUGGUGGAGUUUGGGUCCGUGGAGGACGCUCAGAGGGCCAAACUGGCUCUGAACGGAGCCGACAUCUACUCCGGCUGCUGCACGCUGAAGAUCGAAUACGCUCGGCCCAACAGACUGAACGUCCUCCGCAAUGACAACAGCAGCUGGGAUUACACCAAACCCUUCCUGCUGCAGAGAGAGCGAGGAAAAGGGAGGCAGCGUCAGGCCAUCCUGGGAGAGCAUCCAUCCAACGGCUACGGUCUGUCUGUCUGUCUGUCUGUCUGUCUCUCUGUCUCUGUGUCUGUACGAUGA